UACCUUAUACUAACAGAUAAUUUAUCAUACUUUUACAACGGUUACUUUGAAUAUUUCUUUGAGUUCUCUGCCCAUUUUCAUUUUCACAGUGACUAAUGGCCUUUACUGUUUAAGCGCCACUUAAUCUUUUUAAUUUUUCAACGUUUGUUAAUUGGCUGAAAGCAUCAGUGCAAGUCUGCUACCAAUGAUGGUUAGUUCCAAUUAAGAAAAUUCUAAAAAUUUAAUCUUUUCAGUUACAAUGGGAUAUUUAAGAGUUAGGAUGAUUCCCAAGAGAUUCUACUGUAGCCUCAUCAGUGACCUUAUUGCUGAUGUUGCAGUAGAUACCCGCAUGGUUAAAACAGGUUUUGACCCGGAAAUAUCUCGCUUUAACUUCCAACUGAAAGAUUUGGUAAGAGCGAAUCAAAUAGCAAAAGCACGUCAACUGUUUGAUAAAAUGCCUAGCAAAAACACUUGUUCUGUGAAUAUGAUGGUUUCGGGUUAUGUGAAGUCACGCAAUCUUCCUCUUGCUAGGGAUUUAUUCGAUAGCAUGAUCUCUCGUAAUGAAGUUUCAUGGACUACAAUGAUUGGUGGUUACUCUCAGAAUAAUCAGCCCGAUGAAGCGUUUAAUCUUUACAUGAAGAUGUGUAGGUCGGGGGUUAAGCCAGAUCAUAUCACCUUUGCAACUCUCUUAUCAGGUUUUGAUGAUACGACGACUUUAAAAGAAUUAGUUCAGAUUCAUGCCCAUAUCAUUAGAUUUGGAUUUAGUGCAAGUCUUAUUGUUUUCAACAGUCUGGUAGAUUCGUACUGCAAAAUUUGCUGCCUCGAUAUAGCGUCUCAACUCUUCAGUGAAAUGCCAACUAAAGAUUCAGUAAGCUUCAAUGUUAUGAUAACAGGGUACACAAAAUAUGGUUUUCGUGAAGAAGCAUUAAAGGUUUUUAUGCAAAUGCAGAGGAUGGGUUUUCAGCCUUCAGAUUUUACUUUUGCUGCAGUUCUAGGUCUGAGUGUUGGAUCAGACAAUGUUAUUUUUGGCCAACAAAUUCACGGACUUGCCAUCAAGGCCAGCUAUGUCUGGGACAUAUUUGUUGCUAAUGCAUUGCUUGAUUUCUACUCUAAGCAUGACUGUAUUGAUUUCGCGAAGAAUCUCUUUGAUGAGAUGCCCGAGUUAGAUGGUGUUUCGUAUAACAUAAUUAUCACAGGUUAUGCAUGGAAUGGGCAGUAUGAGAAAUCAUUUGAUCUCUUCAAAAGGCUACAGUGUACAUCAUUUGACAGAAAGAAUUUUCCUUUUGCCACGAUGUUGAGUGUAGCUGCGACAGAAGUAAAUUUAGCAACGGGAAGGCAAAUCCAUGCACAGGCAGUGGUGACAACAGCUGAUUCAGAAGUUCAAGUAGGAAAUGCCCUUGUUGACAUGUAUGCAAAGUGUGACAAAUUUGAGGAGGCCAACAGAAUAUUUGCAAAUCUGGCAUACAGAAGUUCUGUCCCAUGGACAGCCAUAAUCUCAAUAUAUGUUCAGAAGGGUUUUCAUGAGGAGGCACUCAAGAUGUUCAAGGAGAUGAAUAGAGAAAAUGUUCACGGUGACCAGGCAACUUUUGCUAGCACUUUAAAAGCUUCAGCUAAUUUGGCUUCAAUUUCUCUUGGGAAACAAUUACACUCAUCUGUGAUCAGACUGGGAUUGAUGUCUAGUGUUUUUUCUGGCAGUGUUCUUGUAGACAUGUAUGCAAAAUGCGGGUCCAUGAAAGAUGCAAUUGAAGUUUUCAAAGAGAUGCCUGAUAGGAAUAUAGUAUGUUGGAAUGCACUGAUCUCGGCAUAUGCUCAGAAUGGUGAUGCUGAGGCCACAUUUAGCUCCUUCAGGGAUAUGAUUGAAUCAGGUCUCUAUCCCGAUUCUGUUAGUUUUCUCAGUGUCCUAACUGCCUGCAGUCACCGUGGGCUUGUUGAAAAGGCACUAUGGUAUUUCAAUUCCAUGACUCAAGUAUAUAAUCUUGAUGCAAGGAGAGAACAUUAUGCAAAAAUGAUUGAUGUGUUAUGUAGAAGUGGACGAUUUAAUGAAGCAGAGAAUAUGAUUUUUGAAAUGCCAUUCGAGCCGGAUGAGAUCAUGUGGUCCUCAGUUUUAAACUCAUGCAGAAUUCAUAAGAAUCAAGAUCUUGCCAAAAAGGCUGCUGACCAACUUUUCAAGAUGAAUGCUCUCAGAGAUGCUGCUGCCUAUGUCAACAUGUCUAACAUAUAUGCAGAAGCAGGCAAGUGGGAAAAUGCGGCAAAAAUCAAGAAGGCUAUGAGGGAACGGGGAGUUAAAAAGGUCACUGCGUAUAGCUGGGUUGAAAUUGACCACAGAGUUCAUAUAUUCACUGCAAAUGAUAGAACCCAUCCACAAACUGAGCAGAUUAGAAGAAAAAUUGACUCAUUGGUUGAGCUAAUGGACAAGGAAGGAUACAAGCCUGAUACAAGUUGUACCCUUCAAAAUGUGGAUGAAGAAAUGAAAAUAGAAUCACUCAAAUAUCACAGUGAGAGGUUGGCCAUCGCCUUUGCAUUGAUUAGUACUCCAGAAGGAUCACCCAUUAUCGUUAUGAAAAACUUGCGAGCUUGCGUAGAUUGUCAUGCUGCAAUUAAAGUUAUCUCGAAACUUGUUGGAAGGGAGAUCACCGUGCGAGAUUCAAGUAGGUUCCAUCAUUUUAGAGAUGGAUUAUGUUCAUGUGAGGAUUACUGGUGAGAUAUGGAUGGAUGAUUCUCAGAUCAUUUAAUUCGGUUUGUCCUUUCCCUUCUCUAUAAUUGAAAGUCAUAAAAUAGGGAGAUUUUGGCAAUUUAUUCUUCGGGGUUAUGAUGACAAUUGGAAUUUCUGUAAGGGAUGGCUCAGCCCAAUUGCAGAUCUUAGAUUCAAAACUUGUGGUUGUGAACUAUUGCAAUUUUUAUCUCUCUAAGUUGGGCAUUUGUAACUAUUCAGAAUGAAACUGCAUGGAGAACCAAGUUCUACUUUCUCCAGAAGAACACUCCCAUUUUUCCAAGAGCUCACUGGUUUUCUCCCUGAACCACGAAUUACUAGUGAUUUCUACAAUAAGAACAUGAUUUUCUGUCUGGAGAGGGAGGGGUUCUGGUUUCUCUUCUUGGAAAUGUAAAAAUGACUUUGCCAAGUCUAUAUCAGUCUCAUCUUCAAGAUAGCUGGUUGGAAGAGCCUAAUUCUAAAAUGAGACUGGAGCUGGCAAGAGUUUAUAGUGGUACAUUUCUACCGCUUUGUAUUCAGCAAAGAUUCAGAAGAGGUGGUCAGUGGACACCUACCUUCGUGUAGGUAACUUUCCGAUUGUUUACUCUCUCAUUUCUAUCAUUGGACAAGAGUUGACAAGAGUAAUAUGCAUCUAUUCCAGUUUUUAUGAAGUAGACAACAAACUUGUUGUCUAUGGAGCAUACAUACAUCUAAAGAGAUGCAUAUGGAAAUGAGAUUGGUAUCGAUUUGAUUGCCACUAAAUCCUACUUGUCAACAUUUUUGGUCAAUAAUGUUUUCUCCUUUUAUUCCUGACAAUGUGUCCUCCCUCGAAAGGGUAAAAGGAUAGCACUUCGUAGUAAGUAAAAUAUGAAACCAGUGGAUUCAAGAUGUUAUUUGAUUUAGAGUUAGUAUUCU